CGCCAUAAAGGGGCCUCGCGGGGCUCUGGCCGUGGCCGCAGCGCUCAGCUCCCGCGCCCGACCCCGCCAUGGCCCCCCGGCCCCUCCUGCUGCUGCUGCUGCUCCUCGGGGGCUCCGCCGCGCGCCCCGCGCCCCCCAGGGCCCGGCGACACUCGGACGGGACGUUCACCAGCGAGCUCAGCCGCCUGCGGGAGGGCGCGCGGCUCCAGCGGCUGCUGCAGGGCCUGGUGGGGAAGCGCAGCGAGCAGGACGCAGAGAACAGCACGGCCUGGUCCAGGCUCGGCGCGGGUCUGCUCUGCCCGUCCGGGUCCGACACGCCCACCCUGCAGGCCUGGUGA